AGUUGACACGGACAGAGAAGACACCGAGAAAUGCUGCUACCAUGCAUUGUACCCUUGUGACAAUCUUUGCUCUUAACAUUGUUCUUAUUACCGCUACCAUAAACUGCCAGCCGGGACAGUUCGGUCCAGAUUGUAAAAGAAACUGUUCCUGCCACUGUGCUCUUCAUCUGGCAGCUAAACACUGUGUAAAAACUGACGGAGAGUGUUCCGAGGGCUGCAUUCGGGGGUGGCACGGUAAUCAAUGUGAUCAGCCUUGUAGUAAGACCUGUGUCAAUCACAUCUGUAAUCAACACAACGGUCACUGCACUAAGGACUGUCCAGGAAACUUUACAGGGGACUACUGUAACAUCACUGCCCCACUGUACAAUAGCAACGACAGCAAGGUUCCCUGUCGAUGUGAGAACGGCAGUCACUACAGCACUAUCUUGGCACUGAGCAUCUCCUUGGCGAUAACAGGAACUACUGCAAUUGUCUUCAUUGGUCUUUUCGUCAAGUUGAAGUUUUUCGACAAUAAACACGGAGGAACCCCACAGACACACCCGCCAGAAAUCAGUGGGUUAAUGGACAUUGAUUCAGCAGAUAGCCACAACUGAAUUAGAUUUACGACACAUGACCAGUAGCAGAACAACCAAUAUGCAGCUCGGGUUGAGUUACAGCUUCCUAAUCAUAGUUUACUUCAGCCCCCUGCUUGGAUCUAAGUCCUGCCAGAACUGUAAAGGGGAGAAAUGUGAUACACGAGGAAUUUGCACAGAAGGAUGUAAGACAGGCUACACAGACAAGUACUGUCAGCAUCACUGUCAGGAGACGUGUGUCAACUUGACAUGUGAGGUGGACCCCAACUCAGGGAAGACCAUCUGUAGUGACGGCUGUGAGGAUGGCUACUGUGGACCUCGUUGUAAAAUACCUUGUCCUGAUGGAUGUCUGGCGUGUGACUGGUAUCACUGUGAGAACUGUACUCUGUGCAGGGCUGAUUUGUACGGUAGUAAGUGUGAAUACUCCUGCUUGCAGAAAUGUCAGGGCUUUGCCUGUAGUGUUGAAGAAACCUGUUUAGAAGAGUGUAUAGCAGGUCGUUAUGGCGCCCAAUGCAAUAUGUCAUGUCUGUCCGUCUUUCAGUCAUGUCAUAGGUUUACUGGUCAAUGUCAACACUGUCAACCCGGACAUUUCGGUGACAAAUGUCAACAUCUGUGCCCUUCGUGUCUGACAGCAGAGGAAGAAACGUUCUACACGUGCAGGUCGGGAUGCAAGGUUUGCAGCAGUCAGUCCUACCCUGAAUCUCAGCAAUACAGUUUCAAAAUGCAGGACCGCCAAGAAACACUACUCGCAAUACUUUACACUGUUCUCGUCAUACUAAUCAUCAACAACGUCAUGUUCAUCGCUCUCGUCGCUGUGUGCUGCUGCAGAGGGGGAAGGUCUAAGUGGGCUCCCGGCACAAACUUUGAGAUGGAAAAGCGCGUUGAAGCCUUCAAUGACCCAAGCGAGACGGAACAUCUGUGCAGGGGGACGGAAGAGACUUGUGCUCCAAGAGGUCCAGUCACAGGGAAGAAGGCAGAUAGCCAAGCCUGGAUCCAGGUGGAAGCACGGAGACCUGGACCUACACAGAAGUCUGAUGUACCCGCGACACUGACACCCGUACGGAGAGACACCCGGGCAGACAACGACCUCCGUGCCGCCUGCAGGGAGGGGAAGCUGGGGGAGGUGAAGCGGAUCCUGGACACAGGUCGGGCUGACGUCAACUGUAGAGGUGUGGACGGGAGGACACUGGUGAUGGCGGCAGCACAGUGGAGACACAGGGAUGUGGUGGAGCUCCUUGUGAGUCGACGUGCUGAUGUGUCACUGGUGGACGAUGGCGGUAACAACAUCCUUCACUACGCCUGUUAUGGAGGAGACAGGAAGACAGUGGAGUUUGUCCUGUCUCUGGACGGGGUGGACAUCAACAGUAGAGGAGAGAGGAGCUGGACACCGGUGAUGGAGGCAGCAGUGGGGCGACACGGGGAUGUGGUGGAGCUCCUUGUGAGUCGAGGUGCUGAUGUGUCACUGGUGGACGAUGACGGUGACAACACCCUUCACUACGCCUGUGGGGGAGGAGACAGGAAGACAGUGGAGUUUGUGCUGUCUCUGGACUGGGUGGACAUCAACGCCAGGAACAACGACGGGAAGACAGCGGCCGACGUGGCGAGAGACAGGCAACAUCAUCAACUGUCGGAUCUCCUGGUGUCACGUGGUACACAGUGAAGUGAAUGUAGUGUUGAUGUAGACAGUGAUGGAGAAAAUGUCGUUACUGACACUGACGUUGUGCAUGCCGUUCACGUCGUCGCGUUGUUUAUAAUUCAGUAUGAAGGUGAGAAUAUUUGUUGUGUUUGAGGAGAAAUAAAACUUGUUGAGAACA